GCUGUCUCUUUAAAUGCUAGAGGCUGUGCGCUCUCAGGCCACCGUGACAGAUCUGGGCGUUGGGCUGGGGGAUGAAUAAACAGUGAAUGCACCAGAUCGCUGGUUUCAGAGAAGGGCUCCGAUCCGCCAGGAUCCCCCUUUAGCUCGCCCCGCGCCACGGGUGGCCUUUAGCGUCCUCGCUGCCUGGCAUCCCGCCCCUGGAGGGACUUUAAUGCACGUUGCGCUGGUUUCCUAGGAGCUGCCGGUGCCAGGAAGGGCUGCCCGCUUUGGAGUGCGAUCGUUCCAAGACUUCAGCCAAAAUGCUGCUCUUGUUGCUGGGGAUCAUUGUGCUCCAUGUGGCGGUUUUGGUGCUGCUGUUUGUCUCGACCAUCGUGAGCCAAUGGUUCAUCGCUAACGGGCGUACGGCAGACCUCUGGCAGAACUGCAGCACUCUAGGCGUCUCGAGUUCCUUUCAGUGUAUACCAUCCUCCACGAACGAGUGGCUGCAGUCCGUCCAGGCGAUGAUGAUCCUCUCCAUUAUCUUCAGCGUGCUGUCUCUGUUCCUGUUCUUCUGCCAGCUCUUCACUCUCACCAAGGGGGGCCGGUUUUACCUUACUGGAAUCUUCCAGAUCCUUGCCGGUCUGUGCGUGAUGAGCGGCGCCGCCAUCUUCACCGUGAGGCACACGGACUGGCAGCCCACCACAGGGGACACCGCCUUCGGCUUCGCCUACAUCUUGGCUUGGGUGGCCUUCCCCCUGGCUGUCACCAGCGGGGUGAUCUACGUCAUCUUGCGGAAGCGCGAAUAACGAAGCUUGAGGCGAGGGGGCCGAGACACGGGCACUCAUGACGUCCAUGGAGGGGGAUUGAGGCAGGGGAAGAAAAGACGAGAAAAUGGGGGAGGGGGAGAGUUAAGUAACCCCCCACCCUCCAAAUUUAAAAAAAAAAAAAACAACAACAAACCCCACAAGGAACCACGCCAAGGGUUACUGUGUUCAUUGAAGAUGUAUAUAGUAUCUAUGGUUUAAAAAACCUAUUUAUAACACUUUUUACAUAUAUGUACAUAGUAUUGUUUGCUUUUGUUGACCAUCUGCUAUGUUUUAAAGCCUAAAGAAAGUGCCUAAGGAACUCCUAACAGUAUAACAAGAGCGCAGUAUUUUUGUGUCCUUGUUUUUGUUUUGCCCUGAAUGCCAAUGGACGCCUCUUGGAAAACUCCCACCCCAAAGCAACCCGCCAAAGAAUCCCCAAGCCAGACCAGAUCCCCAGCGGGUGUAAAUCAGCGUCGUGCCGGUGACCUGAGGGAGAAUCGUGCCCACUUACCCCAGCUGAAGGUCUGGCCCCCGCCACACAUGCGGUGAUCCUGUAUGUGCAUGUAUCACUACCGGGCCCCAGACAUUUAGGAGCACAGGGCCAAAUUCUCAAAACCACCUAGGUGAUGUAGGAACCGAAGUCUUCCUAACUUGCCAACCACACCCAGUUGGGAACCUGAGCUUCUAACUCACUUAGGUGCUUUUAAAAUAUGUAGCUACCAGUUCCACUGGAAUUUUACUGUAACGUGCGUACCUUAAUUUUGGAAGUUUCCCCUUAGAAUGCUGAUACAUCCUGGUGUUAGAUCUUGUGUAUAACGCUCUCAUGUCCCAUCCCACACACCCAAACCACCCAAGCACUGUAGCCUAUGACCUUGAAAUGUAUUUUUCCUUCCUUGCCGUGUAGAUAAAGAUGGGGAAAAAUCAAAACCAAUAUAUAGCUAUGAAAUAAAAUACCAAAUAUGUGAAAUGGUGCUAUCUAUUUGCCAUUCCUUAUCACUAGCCAUUUAACAUUACUCACUGGAAAUUCAGUUAACAAUUUUAUGAGGUAAACAACGAAGGUAGAAACGAGAAAUAAUUGUGUAAUAUAAGUGGUCUAUAACGGCUUUUGUACUUAGACAAGUUGCUCUUAGUAUUAUUGUUAAUAAUGUGUUUAUAACCAAUCCCCCCCACCCCCUUCUUGGUCAGGAGUAGGAGAAACCAAAUCUCUGGAUGGAAACCCAGAGUCCAGCUUCUGUAACCCUCUUUCUGUGCUUCAGAGGUGUGUCUGGCAAUGAAUUUUAUGGGCAUCUGACUGUAGAUUCGCAUAUGGUGCCUUCUGAUGCUAAGACUCCAGACCGUAGGAUGUUUGUUGUUUUUUGCUUUGCUUUUUCUGAUUUUAUACCGACUGUGUGGACUAAGCAGCAAUGAAAUAAAAGUCAGAAUAACUCAA